CAGUGUGAAUUAACAACGUCAGCUGUUGAGGAGAUGCUUUCCUCGUUCUGGUGUGAUCAUAACUAAAACAAAUUUCUGGGCGACGAUGCCGCGAAAAACUCUUGCUCAAAAUCGUCAGACGGGGCUCGAUUUUAUUGAGUUCCUGGUCGAAAAUAACAGACUGUCGCGUAAAUAUAGUAAAAGUGAACUCAAGGCUAUUUAUGACAACGAGUUCAGGGACAGGGAGGUUAAUAAAGACGAACGUUUUUCAAGCAUAUUCUACGCACUCUGUCAGGCAAACAAAGUUCGUGUGAUCCGAGGAGUGGUGCAUAUAAAAGCGCAGGUGAGGUUGCUGGACCAAUGGCAACAGCCCCCUCGUAAUGGUCCCGCCUCCUCGGCUCCAUCGUCCAAUGGGGCUGCAGCUCCAGGAGCCCCACCUGACGGGCAGUCUGGCGUCAAGGCGCGCAGGAAACUGGCGGCCAGCCUCCUCAGGCAGAUGACCAACGACAAUUCAGAGUUCCUGGGUGAGCGUGGGGGAGUGCGCAUCACGUGUGACCAGGUGGUGUGUGAGGGCGGCCGUAUCUGCGUGCGAGUGCAGGGCGGCGAGGUGUGUGCGGUGCAGCUGCGGGUGGAGAACGCCGGCGAGGGGACGGUCGUCUUCACCUACUACUCCCUACUGCACUGGAUACCCCACUUCUACCUGGAGGACGAGCACCGAGUCACCCGCGCCAGCCCACUACACCUCCAACCAGGUGACCAGUACGAGGUGACCCUGAAGUUCCAGAGUCGCCAGGUGGGGCUGUACCGGGCCAGCGUGGUGUUUGAGUUCCGGAACUCCGCCAGUGGCUCAGGUGCGUUGGGCCAGCCCUUCCACCUGGUGCGGCUGGUAGAGGGUCUUCACUCCUCCCCCCUGCUGGACGCCUUGGCCCCCACCGCCCCCUUCAGGCCGCGCACGGUACAGCUGAUACAGAGCACCUGCUCCAGGGUGGAGGACGGACUGCGCCCCGACAGCCAGGUGGUGCAGAGUCUGGAAUGGGUUGUGGAGCUGAAGGGGUACGACAUUCCCGAUUACAUCAACGACCUCAUCAACUUCAUGAAGCAUCAGCCAUGUGAAUCUGUUCACAAGGCACUCGAACUAAAAGCUCUCCUGGAGUCCCCGUUGAGUUUUGAGAACUACUGUAAGAGAUUUCAGCUGCUGAUUCAGCUGGAGGAAACUCAGAUGCAGGUGGACAUUAGAGCUUACGACAUGGAGGCCGCCAAAAUGACCAAAGACGCUACAAACAAGAGGCUACUCACACUCAAGGUGCCGGGUGUGGCUGAGAAUCGUCCGUCUGUGUUGAGGGGGGAUCACCUGCUGGUCAGCAAGUCUAAAGAGCACCACCUAGGGGACGCAGCGACCAAGUACAAGGGCUACGUGCACCGCGUGGAGUGUGAACAAGUCAAACUGGGCUUUGGACAGAAGCUGAUGUCCGGCUUCAUUGAUGGGAUGUUGUUUGAUGUGGUGUUCACGGUGAACCGUCUGCCGGUGCGGCUGCAGAUGAGGGCGGUGGAGCUGGCGCACACACAUGACCUCAAAGACCUCCUCUUCCCCUCAGGGUCAAAGGUCACCAGCCCUGCAGAGCUGCCCAAACCCAGGUUGUUUGACUCUAAGCUGGAGAAGAACCCAGAGCAGUACUGUGCGGUCCAGAACAUGGUGGCAGGAGUGUCCCGCACCGCCCCCUACCUGCUCUUUGGACCCCCCGGAACCGGGAAGACCGUCACCAUCGUGGAAGCCAUCAAACAGCUCUAUCAUUCCGAGUCCUGUACCCACAUCCUGGCGUGCGCUCCGUCCAACAGCGCUACCGACCUGCUGUGUGAGAGGGUUCUAGAACACACAGACUCUCACCGCGUCUACCGGAUAUACGCCAGCAGCAGAGACCCACGACAAAUACCUGAUGCCAUACGGGCGUGCUGUAACUUCGAUGGUGAGGACAUUGUGUACCCCUGUAAAGAAGAACUGAUGGAGUUUAAGAUCAUCUUCACUACAGUCGUCACAGCCGGCCGGCUGGUGAGUGGUGGCUUGCCUGAGGGCCACUUCAGCCACAUCUUCAUAGACGAGGCAGGCCACGCCCCCGAACCCGAGGCCCUCAUACCUGUGGCAGGGUUGCUUGAUCCUCAGUGUGGUCAGCUUGUUCUGGCUGGUGACCCCAGACAGCUGGGGCCCAUCAUUCGAUCCCCCAUCGCCAAGCAACACGGCCUGGAGGUGUCUCUGCUUGAGAGGUUGAUGAAGGACAAUCCCCUGUACCAGAAGGAUGUGAGUGGAAGAUACAACCCGCGCUAUGUCACUAAGCUACUGCUCAACUACAGGUCCCAUGAGAGUAUCCUGAAGGUGCCUAAUGAUCUCUUCUACGAGGGAGAGCUGAUUGCCUCAGCUGAUGAGGUGGCCAAAAGCAUGUACUGCAACUGGCCCCACCUGCCCAAGAAGGGUUUCCCGGUCAUCUUCCACGGUGUGGUGGGUAAGGAUGAGCGUGAGGAGAACAGUCCGUCCUUCUUCAACCGCUCGGAGGUGGAGGUGGUGCUGGGAUACCUCCGGAAGCUGCUGCUGGAGACGCAGGGCAAGAAGGGCGUCGCACGCAUCUCACCUAAAGACAUCGGCAUCAUCGCCCCCUACAGGAAACAGGUGGAGAAGUUGAGGCAGGCCAUCGGAAAACACGACGCGGAACUGAAGAAGAUGAUGAACAUCAAGAACCUCAAGGUGGCUUCAGUGGAGGAGUUUCAGGGUCAGGAGAGGAGGGUGAUUAUCGUGUCGGCGGUUCGCAGCAGUGGAGAGCACAUCACCCUCGACGAGAAAUUCAAUAUCGGCUUCCUCAAGAACGGGAAGAGGUUUAAUGUCGCCAUGACUCGUGCAAAGGCCCUGCUCAUCGUGGUGGGAAACCCUGUUAUCCUCAGGACAGACCCCACCUGGGGCAGGUUCCUGGAGUACUGUACUAGUGAGUCUGGCUACACAGGAUUCGACUUCAGCACCACAGAAGGAGCAGAGGAGGUGGUGGCCAGACUACAGGCCCUCACACUCACACCAGAGGACAUAGUGGCCACUGGUGAAAGUGCCGUGCAGCAGCUCCUAGACCCUGAGUGGAGGAACGAGCAGUAGCCUUCAGCACGCAC